UCAAAAAUAUACAAUAUCCAAAGGAAAUUUAGCAGUCGAGCCAAAAUUCCUUGCGUCGACGGCGGAAGAGAAAUCCCGUGGCGAUAGAUAGAUUGAAAGGUGGAAAGGGAGGGGAAUAAUAACAAUAAUGAUAACUCGAUCGAAUUUGGCGGAGCAGUAUCAGAUUCGAUCAAAACACGAUUGGGCAUCCCUAUCUUUCUUCUCCUCCACCUCUAAUCUCUCUACCUCUACUACGGAUGUUGUCAUCUUUGUAAUAUGUGAACUGGUUAUUUUAGCUCUCCUGGUUUUCUCUGUAGUUUCGCUGUACUUCAGUCAUCUAAAGCUUGCAUUUAUCUUAGUAAGUGUUGGCUUGCUAUUGCUUGUAUGCGUGACAAUUGCAAAGCAAGUUACAGAAGCCAGGUAGAAGAAGCGAAGGAUGCUACUUCCAUUAUCCAUGUAGAAGUGCACGAAUGGAGAUUCUUUUCGCUAUGCCCAACCAAUUUUUUAAUGUGAAAUCUCAACAAAUAAUUUUGUCUUUCUUUCUAUUUUUCUUUUCUGAAUUCCUUUUGUCACAAGUAUUUGAAGUCAAGGCAAGCUGAUUAGGUGAUGUAGACGUCGAGAUUGUGUGAGAUCAAAGCUAUUUUUUGGGUUAUAUACUUAGCGGUGUUUGGGCUGGUUGAUAAAGCUUCAUGUAAGUUUAGCCUUAAGUCCUACAAUGUAAUUCUCCUGUGCUUUCAUACUUAUAUUUCUCCCUAUUGAGUCUCACAUUUUAUUGUCGCGAUGAAAAGCAUUUGUUCUGUCAACAAUGUUCCCAAAUCAUGAAGGACAUUGAUCUUUGAA